GCCCGCGCGCGCGGAGGUCCCGCCCGGGCCCCCCCCGCGCGGCGGUCUCGGGCAUGCCCGCCGACCAGAGCUUCGGCCUGAAGAUCUCCCCGGGCGUGGUCCUCCGGAACGUGCUGCAGCAGUACCCGUCGGGCGGCCAGUUCUUCCUCGAGGCCCUGCAGAAUGCGGACGAUACCGGCAGGGCGACGAAGUUCUGCGCAAUGCUCGACCUGCGCCAGCACGCGGCGGUGUCGCUCCGGCCGCCCGUGGCCCCGCGCGUGGCGCUGCAGGGAGAGGCCAUCCUCUUCUACGACAACGCCGGCUUCAAGGACAGGGACUGGCGCAGCUUGCAGUUCAUGUGCGAUAGCGAGAAGCGCCAGUCGCCCCACGAGGCGGGCAUCUUCGGGAUGGGGUCGCGGUCCUUCUUCCACAUCACCGACGUCAUACAGGUGCUCUCUGGGCGGAGGCUCUCUGCCCUGGACCCAGACGACGUGCUUGAGAGCGGGCACUUCGGGGAGCAGGUAGACUUCAUCGACGACUGCCUGCCCGACAAGUUCAAGGACGAGUGCGCGCCGUUCGUAGGCCUCUUUGGCUGCGACAUGCGCUCGGAGCUCCAGGGGUCGAUCAUCCGUUGCGCCCUCCGCACCAGUGAGCGCGCCAAAAAGUGCACCUUCAUGCCGCAGAGCUUCGAGCUGGAGCGCGCCGAGAGGAUCUUCGCGGACUUCGAGGAGACGCUGAAGAACGGUGAGGUGGCGCUGUUCCUCACCUGCAUCCAGUGCGUCGAGCUGUGGCGCUGGGACGUCGGCGCUCACGAGCCUACCAGGAUCGCCUGCACGCAGCUCGGCAUCUCGUCGGGGCACAAGCUGCCCCAGGCGAUGACGGGGCCAGGCGAGGUCAAGCGGUUCCUUAUGCAGUUCAACUCUUUCGCAGAGCUGGAGGUCGCACUCCGCGACAAGGCGUCAGAACCCCCGAGGGUGCUCGACGUCGUAGACAUGAGGACCGAGGUGAACAACAAGGACAUCGUGGUGUCCCGCCAGUGGCUCCGGUGCGGCUUCUUCUCGCAGGCCCCGGAGAUCGUGAAGCUGGUGCACAGCUGUUCCUGCGUGCCCAUGGUCGUCAUCGCCCUCCCUCUGAGCGUGGCGCUGGACGGGAUCGUCUUCUCCUCGACGCCGCUGCCCAUCUCCACCAAACUCCCCGUGCACGUGAACGCCUACUUCAAGCUGCACGACAAUAGGCGGGCCCUGUGGCGCAUGUCGCCCGACCUCGACGGAGAGCACCGCCAGUGGGCCCAGUGGAACGAGCAGGUCCUGACGGCCAUCCUGCCCCAGGUGUACUCGAACUCGCUCCAGAUCCUGGCGAGCACCGAGGGCAUCGCCGAGGACUACGGCCUCUCGUCGUGGCCAGACGACUCGCAGGUCGACAGGGCCUUCAAGGUGGUGCUCAGCCCCCUGGUCGAGAUCCUCAAGACCACCAACGUGUUGCGCACCCCCACGGGUGAGCUCGUGCGGCCCGUGGACGCGACCUUCUUCAGGACGCCCACGGCGGCGCUGAAGGCCUGCCGUGCCCGGCUCCUGCAGCUCUGCGCGGACAGCAAGUGGACCGUCGUGGACCCUCCGGACCACGUCGUGAAGCUCCUGCACAGCCGGAAGGCUCUCACGGAGAAGACCUGCACGCAGGUCCUCUACGACGUGGUCAUCGCGGCGGCUGGCGGCCUUGAGCCGCACGACCUCACCACCCUGCUGCUCGCCUUCCUCGAGUGGGCUGGCUCGUGGAAGGAGCCGGAGAUCAGGGUGCUCGCCGGGAAGCUGGCCGCCGUGGAGGGGAUCCCCGCCGAGGACGGGGUGAUGAGGAAGAUCCGGGAUGUGUUCGACCCAAACAAGAGCCCAGACGCCUUCCGGGUGGUAUGUGAGCGGCGCGCAAAGAUCGAUUCCUUCCUCGCGGAGGCCAGUCUGGAUGCAGCGGCCGUCUGGAGGGUGCUGCAGGUGUGCGGGCUGAAGCAGGAGCUCACGUGGGAGGACGUAGUGGACGAGGCGGAGCUGAUCGUCGGCAGCGCCGACAUCCAACGCGCCGAGAAGCUCUUUGCGCACCUGGACAAGCGACACACUUCCUUGAAGGGCAACCGGGCUGCCGCGAUGCAGAAGCUCAAGGAGCUCGCGUGGAUCCCCAGCACGGAGCCGUCGACGACGGCGUGCAGCGCCCAAGCGACGCAGUUGCUGGCCCUGAAGGACAUCUUCCCCCCCUCCGCACGCAAGCUUGUGUGGGCGGUAGCUCCCUGCAUGCACGUGGACUCCGAGCCGAGCGUGAGGGAGCUGCGCGCCACCCGCAGCGUUGAGUCUGAGCCAGGCGUGCUCUUACAGCAGGUGCGUGCAUUGGCCGAUUCUGCCGAGACGAGCCCCGGCAGCCCGCCGCACCUCCCAAAGGCGACCAUGGACCACCUGCGCACCGCCUUCGGCGCGCUCGUGCCGCUGCUGCCGAAGCUGGGCCCCUUGGAGACACACGAGGCCCUGAAGGACGUGGCCUUCGUGCCGUGCCUCGCGACGGCGGACGAGAUGGCGGUCGCGCUGUUCGUGCCGCGGCGAGCCGCCUUCCGCGCCAAGCACGACCACCGCGCGCUGAGCCCGGCCUUCGGCAUCGUGCAGCCGGCCGACCACACGAUAAAGCUUCUGGCGCAGUCGGUGAACGUGUCCCAGGAGCCCCGCGCCGAGGCGCUGGCCGAGAUCCUGUCCACGCGGCCUGUGGAAGAGACCGGCAUCGACCUCGCCGUGACGCUGGCGGUGGAGCUGGCCAGCCGCGUGCGCGCGAAGGACCCGCUGCCGAAGCAGGUCAUGGUGCCCACGUUGACGGGCAACCUGCAGCCCACCAACCAGGUCUACAUCGACGACGCGCCGUGGCGGCAGCGCGACCUGGUGACCCUCCACCCGACGAUCAGCGCAGACGACGGCCGGCUGCUGGGCUGCACCUCGGUGCGGGAGGAGAUGGCGAGGCAGUGCGAGGCCCGCGACGUGGACGCGGGCGACCCGUUCGGGCAGGAGGCGGACCUGGUGAGCCAGGUGCGCCAGCUGCUGCAGGAGUACGGGGACAGCACCGACCUGGUGAAGGAGUUCGUGCAGAACACCGACGACGCGGGCGCGGAGCACAUGGCGUUCAUCCUGCUCGAGGAGGAGUUCGCCGCGGAGCAGGUGGUGGACCCGCGCACCGCCACGCUGCAGGGCACCGCGCUGUACGUCUGCUCCGACAAGCCGCUGUCGGAGAGCGACAUCACGCGGAUGCAGCGCGUGGGAUACUCCGAGAAGAGGCUGGAUUUCGCCUCGACGGGGCGCUUCGGCGUGGGGCUGAACGUCAUGUACAGGUACUGCGACUGCCCGCAGCUCCUCGCCAAUGACCACCUGCACUUCUUCGACCUGACCCGCAGCUUCGUGGCGCAGCCGGGCACCGCGCGCGGGCGGCAGUUCAAGAUCGACAAGAUCCGCGAGAGCUUCCCGGACACUUUCGCGCCCUACGAGAAGCCGGGGUUCCUGGAGAAGUACCCGACCGUCUUCCGGCUCGCGCUGCGCAGCAACCGCUCGGACCUCGGCUUCGGGCAGACCGCCGCGCGCGUCCGGUCCGAGCUGCAGCAGGCCGCAGCGAUCGGGGAGAAGAUGCUGCUCUUCGCGAAGAAGCUGCAGCGGCUCGAGUUCUACGACGGGUCCGCGACCAUCUCCAAGCACCACAGCGUGGUGCAGGACCCGGAGGGGUACAGCAACUUCUUCGCGGGGCUGCCGUCCUCACCGAUGGAGCUCAAGGUCGGGAAGAUCCACACGUACCUGGCCACCAAGGUGAUCACUACGGAGGGCCUGGCGGAGGGGACCCAAACGGCCGAGUGGGCCAUCGCCCACCGCGUCGGCGUCUUCAACGACGCCAUGCACACCGUCCUGAAGGCGCAGUACAACCAGCCGCACGGAGUGGCGCUGCUGCCCGCAGGAGCGGCCGCAGUGAAGGUGAAGCCCUUCCCCGACCCCAAGAAGCUGAAGCGCGACGGCUACGUGUGCUGCGGCCUGCCCACCCACUUCCGCAGCAACAGCGUCGCCUGGAUCAACGGCGCCUUCGCCCUGCUCUCGUCGCGCAAGGCGCUGCCGCUGCCGGAGGAGCAGGAGCAGACGCCGUCCCUGAACAAGAGCUGGAACCGCAUGCUGCUGCAGGGUCCCGUGGCGGACAGCAUCCACGGCCUGAUCACGCACUGCACGGCGCUGGUGAUCUACCACGGCAUGACCAUGGAGCACUACUACCACGUCUUCCCCGUCUCCGGCGAGCGGCUGCACCAGAUCCUGGCGCGGGCCACCUUCCGCCGCGCGCUGAACUCCGCGAUCUUCCCGGUGCAGGCCGGCAACGAGAUCAGCUGGCAGACGGGGCCCGCUCCCAUCUUCUUCUGCACCGAGCUGACCGACGUGUUGCAGAGGUCCCUGGUGCAGGACGGGCUCAAACUGGUCUGCCUCCCCGAUGACUUGAUGGCGCUUUACGAGGAGGCCCUCGAGAGGAAGCGCAGCACCCUGGACUUCGAGAUCCUCGCCGCCUGGCUGAAGGAGGCCUACAAGAAGGCGCAGACGGACAUCCUGGCCGACGUCGAGAUGGACAGGACUGGGAUGCUCUCGCUGUCGAAGCGCAGCUUCAUCGUCGACAUGCUGGAGUUCAUCACCAAGGGCAUGUGGAUCAAGCACAGGCGCGUCACGUCGGGCGUCCAGAUGCACCAGUUCAAGCUGGAGGGCCUCGUGGGCCUGCCUCUGCUGCUCACGCACGUCGGCGCCGUCACCACCUUCUCCAAGGAGCGCGUGAAGUUCUCCACCGGGCGCGACAUCCUCUCCAGCAAGCCCGAGCUGUUCAUCGACCGAGAGAUCAACCGCGCCAUCGAGAGCUCCGUGGACACCACCGCUGAGGGCAUCGUCUGGGAGGUGUCGACGGAGAUCCCGGGGGUUCGUCGCUUCACCCUCUACGACCUCAUGCCCUACAAGACCGACGUGGAGAACCUGGUCAGACCGUCCAGCACCUUCAUGUCCGCCGAGAACGAGAUCCUGCGGCUCUUCUGGCAGCUGGUCUCGGAGACCAUCCAGGCAACGCAGAGCAUGGAGAACAAGAAGCUCAUGAUAGAGAUGGUGGGGGAUUGGAAGAUGCUCGCGGUCCAGUCGCUGACCGGUGGCGGGCCGAACGGCGAGAAGCUUAUCACGAUCAACUCGGCCCCGAAGUGCGUCGCCGUCGCUUUCCUGGACAAUGACGAGGACGUGCGCGCCAGUAUGUCCGGACUGCUCGAGCAGUGCGGUCUGGACAUCAUCCAGGAGGAGAUGGUGUCGGACGACCGUAUCGCCACUCUGGUGAAGCCCAUGGCCGUGUCGACCAACGAGGAGCUGCUGCACCUGCUCAUCAAGAACGGCAGCGUGAACAAUCUGGACGGCAUGCAGCGUCACGACCUGUUGGCGUACUUCUCCGUGCUUUGCGUAAAGGGCGGCACUCGGCUCACGGGAAUCUCCCAACUGCCGCUGUUCAGGACCUCGGACCUGGGCUCCGCCUUCUGCAAACUGACGCCAGGAUGCAAGUACGUGUGCAUCGACCCCAACGACCCCCACUCGACGGCGUGUGGAAAGCUGAAGCUCCCUGGGCUGGUGAUGCUCGCUUGGCCGACGCAGCAGGUGAAGCCCAUCUACGAGUAUUGCGACAUCAAGCUCUGCAACGGCGAGGAGUUCAUGGUCAACCACAUCAUCCCGGAGCUCCCGGGUAUCUGCAAGACCGACACCGAGGGUGUACUGUCCAAGCCUUUCUUCCUCGAGCUGCACGCAUUCGCCUGCAUCGACGCAUCGGAGAAGGUGAGGCGAGCCGCCGGGGAGACGCCGUUUGUCAUGUCGGAGGACGGCACCCGCAUGGGCAUCCCGGCUGACUUCACGUCCUCGGCGGGCGGCUGCGCGAUCGCCUUCGCAGAGGCGCUGCAGCCGCACCUGCCGGCCAAGUGGAUACAGGCCAGCCCGAAGUACACGGAGCUGCUGCACGCGCUCGGCAUGGAUCCGAACAUCUCUUCCAACCUGUUGCUGAUGUGUGCCCGGAUGCUCCACCACGCAGCUUGCAAGGGCACGGUGACGGACAUUAUGAAGCACCAAUCGUACGAGCUGGUCGAGGAGUGGGCAAACUCUGCGGAGCAGGUGUGGCCAAAGAACAAGCCCGUGACAAGCCUCACGCCUAUGAAGGAGCCGACGGCCAACAUCGAGGUAAUGAAGAACUUACUCGAGGUGGCCUCGCUUCGCGUGGUAAUGGCCUACAAAUUCCCGAGCGAUCAGAAGAAGCAGGCGGAGGGAAACAAGCGGAACUCUAAGCGCGCCAAGGAGCAGCAGCAGAAGACCGUCCAGCUGGAGAAUGCCGAGCUGACGCUGCUUCCCUUCAAGGGCUUGGCCUUUCGUGAGGCGCAGAAGGUGCUGUGGUCCGUGUGCCCGUUGGCCUACCACCACGACCCCGCUAAUAAGGACGGAACUCCGGCGAUGAGGCAUCUGCUGGACCACCACCCCAACGGCAUGUUCAACGUCUUUGCCUCUUUCGUGAACGCCGACAGCGCCCCGCUCGAGCUUGUGAUGAUGCACUUCUCGUCAAUCUGCAAAAUGUCAGUUACCGAGCCAGGCAUGGGCUCCGUCAAGACCAACAGCGAGCUGCACGAGGACUUCCGCGCCUGCUGGCAGUACCUGGCUGGGCAGCUUGACUCCGUGGCGGGUCCGACGCUCAACGAUGGGUUGUCGAAUUUACGCAAGCUGCCCUGCGUGGCGGUCACUUCCGAGGACAUGGGCGACAAGCCCGUGGACGUGACGACGCUCACGCUCCCGACAUACUCCUUCUUCCAGCUGCCAAUGCUGCGCGGCAAGGAAGCCGGCCUGAGGCUCUACCUCCGCCAGGUCUUCGCGGAGACCACCCGGGAGGCCGCCGUCUUCCGCGCGCUGGGGGCCAGCGAGCGGCCGCGGGCCGGGGACUACGCCACGGCCAGCGAGCGCGUGGCCGCGAGGGCCCGCACGCUGGGCCACGUGGGCUGGGAGUGGGUGGUGUCCGUGCUGGACGCGUGCGCGCGCGGCGUGCACGAGGAGGUGGCCGCCUCGUCGGGCCUGGGCUCCGCGGUGGAGGCGCACAACCUGCACAUGUUCACCACCGACGGCCGCAUCGAGCGGGCCUCGGCCCUCGUGUGGGCGGACGAGCCCCGCUGGCUCAGCCGCUGCACCGGGGAGGAGGCCCUGAUGUUCGUGAAGAUGAGCCAGGUGGACGAGCGCGAGAUCGCCCAGACCCUGAUGGACGUGGCCGGCCUGAGCAGGCUCUCGCAGCUGCUGGAGGAGCGCCGGCUGAUCACGGAGGGAGAGGAGGAGGAGCCGACGGACAGCCCCAUGAGGAGGGCCACAGAGGAGAUGAUCCGGUCCUACGAGUUCGCCUGUGGGCUCCGGGCGGUGAUGCUCCACAACAACCAGGCGCACAAGCGGAUCACCAAGCAGACGCUGCCGGAACUGACGAAGGAGCUGGGCUCCAUCACGUUCCGGUCGACGACGAGCACCCUACGCAGCGGGCUCUUCUUCAAGAGGGAGCACGGCCGUGCGGUGAAGGAGGGCGUGAUCACCGGCAGCCAGCAGGAGCUGCACGCCUACUUCGACGAGAGCAUGAACUGCGUGUUCAUCGGGGCGCCCUCCGAGGUCGCCGAGGACUCCUUCACAGCCGAGCUGGCGCUCGCACUGCGCAGGGCGAUGCCGCUGCUGUCGCAGGUGGACAGCUUCCUCCUGGAGGCCAUGAUGCGGGCAGCGCUGAAGGACGGCGUGGGCAGCAUCAGGGCCUUCCUGGAGAAGCGCGACAUCAAGGUCGUCGCCCUGAAGUCCGGGCAGCUGGGCCCGGGCGACCCCCUGCCGCAGGAUCUGCAUGACCACCUGAAUUGGACCAUGGACUCCACCUUCGCAGAGGGCGAGAAUGUGACAAUCCUGGUGGGGGACAAGUUCGUCAUCGGCGAGGUGGCGAGGUGGCCCGAAGGCUCCAAGCAGGGCGUGGGCCUGAACCGGUCAUACCUGGUGCGGGUGUCCGCGGACGGCUUCGAGACGAGGAAGCAUUUCGAGGUCUACAAGAUCCAGCCCAACAGCAAGCCCAAGGGGGGCGGCGCGGGUAGCAGCGGCAGCGCUGGCGGCGCGGUGGCGAUGUCCACCGACCUGGUAGCCGUGGACGGCAAGGUCCGCGACAUGACAGAAACAGGCGACAAGAACACGGAUGACGCGAAACACAUCAUCGAGGUGAAGGCUUACCUCCGCGAAAUGAGCAGGAUGCCCCCCGAGGACUACAAGCUGGUCAUGAGGAGGCUUUUCAAGACCUGGCACCCGGACAAGGUGGGAGACACGCCAGUUGCCAACAAGGUGUUCCUCCUGCUGCGGCGGCACGAGAACUGGUUCAAGAGGAAGCAGGCCGGGGAGAACGUCGGGGACGACACCUGGCUGGACAAGGAGGAGGAGACCAGCGAGGACAAGGGGAAAGGCCCGAUCUUGCCAUUGCCAGGGCGGCAGUACGAGAAGCAGGAGGGCUCCAUGGGAUCGUGGUUCGACGAGUUCCAGCGCGAAAUGGAGCAAUCGGCGCUGGCAAAGACCGCCAAAGCCAAGACGAAGGCCGGGCCAGAAGUCAUCGCCCCCAGGGUACAGCUGGUAGGCGACACCUCGCACUGGCAGGAGUACGAGAGGACCGAUGGUAAGAUGUUCGGCAACCGCAUCAUCGACCGCACACAGGCCCCCAAGUGGCUCCAGCAGGCACGCCUGGAGUUCGUGGCCGCGAAGAGGAUGGUCUGCCCCGCGGGCGACCUGCGGAGCCUGCCCUCCGCCGGGGUGUGGCACAGCCAGCAGGUGGUCGAGAUGGCGGUGAAGUCCGCCAUGCUUCGCACGUGCGGCGUCGCCGAGGACGAGGUCACCGGAGGCGCCGCGCACGACGUCGAGUGCUUCAUCCGCCGGCUGGUCGCGACCGCGGUCAACACCGAGGAGCAGCGGCGCGCGCAGCUGGUGCCCGGCACCGACGCCGACAUCAUGUGGCUGAAGGCGAGCUACCUGGGCGCGCGCUACCCGCGAGACUCGCGGGACGGCAUCCCAGGCCUGAAGUACACCGCCGGCGACGCGGACCGCGCGCUGGCGCUCGCGGAGGCGUUCUUGAUCUGGGCCGCGCACGUCGAGGACCUGCCAGACCCGUCCAAGAUGCCGAUCAAGCCGGCCGUGGCGGAGGGGGUCGACCGCAACAAGGCCGUGCAGGACGAGCUGAAGGAGGCGUCCAAGACCGCCAGGGUGGUGCCGCCUCCGGACAGCGUCAUGCUGGCGUCGGCGAACUGCGUGGGCGCGGCGGCGGCGGGCCCCGCGGGCGCGCCCAAGGCCCUGGCGCCAGACGCCGCGGCCGGCAAGCGGCCGGCCGAGGACGAGCUCGUGGACGACACCGCGAUCAAGAAGAUCUACAUCCACAUCCACAUCCACAUCUACAUCUACAUCUACAUCUACAUCUACAUCUACAUCUACAUCUACAUCUACAUCUACAUCUACAUCUACAUCUACCUCUACCUCUACCUCUACCUCUACCUCUACCUCUACCUCUACCUCUACAUCUACAUCUACAUCUACAUCUACAUCUACAUCUACAUCUACAUCUACAUCUACAUCUACAUCUACAUCUACAUCUACAUCUACAUCUACAUCUACAGCUACAGCUACAGCUACAGCUACAGCUACAGCUACAGCUACACUAUAUCUACAUCUACAUCUAUUUACAUCUACAUCUACAUCUACAUCUACAUCUACAUCUACAUCUACAGCUACAACUACAUCUACAUCUACAUCUACAUCUACAUCUACAUCUACAUCUACAUCUACAUCUAA